AUGUGUGCAAGUGUGAUUUCUACCAUUCUUCACUUGGGAGUCAAUUCACAGCAGCUGAUUACUUGCCUGAUCUUCUCACAACAUCGUCUGGCGCGCUAUGCUUGGCCUUAUGUCAUGAUGCACCAUGGGCUUGACCAGAGGAGUCCAAUUCAGCUUCCAACCGAUGGCGCCUUUUCUUUCGGAUUUUUUCUCGCACUGUUGACUUAA